CACAUUUUCCGGUAGGUGGCGGUAUUGCAUCUUGUUUUGGUUUUGUGUGCCGUCAUUCAACAAGAAGAAGAAGAAGUUUGUAACUUCCUGUGAAGGAAAACAGAAACGUGACUUUCCAGAAUGGACAUAAACUCACCMAAAACAACUUCACAGUCGCUACUAUUAUGCGGCAACGGACAAGGUGUCUGUGAGAAGCUGCUCCUCAAACCAAAGACCACCAAAGCCUUGCAGACAGAGAGGGUCCCGAGAAGCAGCGUGCUGGAGCGGCUGCAGACCUUCCUGCCUCAGAUGGCUGAGGCCAACAAGAAGCUGAUUCAGCAGAUAGCCGAGGCUCCAGCCGGUCACUUUGAUAUUGAGAACGUGAAGGAAGCAGAAAAGGUCAUAGAAAUG